UUCAGAGAGGACAGUGGGUAAAGAAUAUCACACCAUGCCAGAGGGACCAUCUGAGCACUAAGCUCAUCCCCACCGAAGUCCCAGCGGACUUCAUACGUGCUGUUACUUGCCAAGUAUGUGAUCAUCUGCUUUCUGACCCUGUCCAGUCACCGUGUAGACACCUGUUCUGUCGGGUCUGCAUCCUAAGAUACAGUCGUGCUUUGGGCCCAAACUGUCCCACCUGUAACCAACAUCUAAAUCCAUCACACCUGACCAGGCCAGCCAAAUUCUUCCUUGCCACCCUCAACUCGCUCCCUCUGCUCUGCCCCAGAGAAGGAUGCAGCGACUGGGUCCGAUUGGACUCCUUUAGGGAACACUGCCUCAACCACUACCAUGAAAAAGAGUCUCAAGAAGAACAAACACCUUCAGACCAGAAUAUCGAUGGUUACUUGCCGGUCAACAAAGGUGGGCGUCCUCGACAGCACCUUUUGUCACUGACCCGUCGGGCUCAAAAGCACAGGCUGAGAGACUUGAAGAACCAGGUGAAGGUUUUUGCUGAAAAGGAAGAAGGAGGGGAUGUGAAGUCA